GCAGGGCCCAGGAGAUUUCUCUUCCAGGAGUUCAUCUUUCCAUGACCCAACCACAAUGCUCUCUAUCACUACCAUUGGGAAUUCUUAGAGAAGCCAAUCAGCCUCAUCCAUAUCAAGAUUAUAAACUGAACACACACUAGUAGAGACUCAGUGUCCACUCUUCAAGCAGGAUGAAGACCUUUAUCCCUGAGGCUCUCCUCCUGCUGCUCCUGGCCAACCUGACCCUGACCAGGCAUCCAAAGGGUUCACACUCCCUGAGCUAUUUGCAAACUCUCCUCACCUCGCCUGACUUCUUGGAACCCCAACUCAUCUAUGCUGUCUACUUUAAUGACAUUCAUAUUGAGAGAUUCAACAGCAGAGAGGAGCCUCCGAGACUGAUGCACUGUGCACCAUGGGUGGAUCAGCAGGAGCCAGAGUAUUGGGACCAGAGGACAGAAGAAGUUCUGAAGCUGAUGGCAACAUACAAGUACAUACUGAAGAAAAUGCUUCACAUCUACAAUCUAAUUGAAACUGGUAAUCACACAAUCCAGAUCCUGAUGGCCUGCGAUGUACUGCCUGGAGGGAACCUCAGUCAUAUACAAUAUGAAUUCGUCUUCAAUGGCCAUGAUUACGUUGUGCUGAACGAGGACCUGAGAACUUGGACUGCAGUCGGCAAGGCAGCUGAAGUGCUGAGGCAAAAUUGGGAGGCAUCAGGUCUUGCAAAAUCUUUGAAGACUUACUUGCAGCAUAAAGGUGUGAAGUUGGUCCUCAGACAGCUGGUCUAUGGGAAGGAGAUUUUGCUGAGAACAGGUAAGGAAAGAAACUGCCAAUCUUGA